AUGGUGAAGCAAAAUAAAACGAGAAAAUACCCGAAGUUGGAGCUAGACAGUUGGAUGUUGCUGGAUCCAAUGGAAGCGACGGAAAUCCCUCACUGUCACCCAUUUUAUCCGGCCAUCACUCCAGGCAGGUCCUCCCAUCAUUCGAUCCUCUUGCGCUCUCACUUUCUCUUCCUACUAUUCACGGCGUCAUUGCUGUUGCUAUUACUCUCAUUACGUCUACGGAGUACUGCCCAGCUCGAUAGGCUCGAGCGUUGGAGAAUAAAUAGCACGACGUACGGAUAUACGGUACGGAUACUCGGUGAGUGGAUCAUUGCCGUCGUAUCAUUGCAUUGCGUUGCGUUGAUGGCCCCUUGGAUGUUUCUGUUGUGGUUUCCAGUUGGCAUCUAUUUAUUUUCUUGUUUACCGUCUGGUGAAACCACGCUGUUUUUCUGGGCUGGCCUGACGUCCGGACCUCACCUCACCAGGCUCACCUCACCUCGCAUCACCCAAUCUUGGGGCGCCUCACCAUAUCCCGGGCCGUUUUGGUAUGUGCUAUUUGCGUAA